UUUCCUUUUAUCAACAGAUGUCAUCUAUAAUGGGUCAGCAAUUUUGUAUCGUUCACAGUUGAGCUCAUUUUUCGGCCAAGGACACAUCGCUGAUUCACCGUACGUGAAGUUCAAUCUGAAGAUUGCUGACAUCUCAAUUUUGAAGGAAAAAACCCCAUAAAGCCUAUCAUGGACAAGGUCACGGCUGCAUUCAAGGUCAAAUUCGCCUUCGAUAAGAUGGUCAAUGAACAGGACCGAAAAGGUCACGAGGAUCAAUUCAACAAGAUGGAUACAGAUAAGAAUGCAACAAGUAGCGGGGAGUUCGGCAUCAGUAAAGCAGAGGCCGAAGCGUUCUACGACAAGAAGUAUGGUGGCAGGAAGGCAGUCAGCUCACGCUUUGUCAAGAAGCUCUUUAAGAAAGACAAGGACGACAACGCCACCAUCACCCUGAAUGAGUACCUGAGCGCCGAACACUUCGAGGUCGUCUACAACAGCGUCUACGAACUGGUUUCAGCGAGUGAAGACCAUGUCACAACUGCCGAGGCCGAGGCAUUCUUCACCAAGAGUCUUGAAUUGUCGGCUGCAGAUUCCAAGGCGGCGGCUGCGGCGCUAGCACUUCCAUCGCCGUGCAGUCGCGCUGAUUUCAUGAUGAAGAUCUUCGACCUCGCAUUCCCAGUGGCUUAGAGGUGUCAUGACGUCUCAAACCACGUCAAAGACGCACCAGGGUCCAAGAGGGAAUAUACUUGUAGAACCGUAGACAGCUUACGUCAAAGGAACUUCUCGUAAUUGAGAAAAAUAUAAUUGUAUACGUUGCAAAAAACUGAGACUAAGAAUAACUGAACAUCUCUUGUCAUUUUUGAUUCAGUUUGCAAUAUUUAGAUUUGGUAGAUUGUAAAAUGAACCAUUCAAUAGAUCAGUUUCGGAGAGCCAUAAUAAAUAAACCGGAAAAGUUCA